AUGACUCCUCUCUCAGAGUUCAUCUUCCUCUCCGUUCUUGGGAGCAUCUUUACGCUCAUAGUGUCUACGCCAUGGAGGCCAUGGCUCAUGAAGCGCCUGUCUCAGUACACCAUUCCGUCCUUCAAUCUUUUCAAAGGAUUCACUCGAUCCGGCAUAGUCUUUUCAGAUUCGACGAACACCCACAAUUCAACAUGCGCCUUCAAUAAACAGAAGCUCGACAUCAUCCACGACCUGUCUGACUGCCACGAGGUCGCCUCAUCAUUCUCCACCCUUGUUCAGCAGGAUGGAGCUGGUUGCUGGCCUCCGAGAUCCAAUCACAAUGAAAAGACAUGGCCCGCAUGCCUCCAGGCAUACAAAGACAUCUACCAUGAGAUGGCUCCCCUCCUACCAGCGGAGAAUGCAUCUCUUGACGACAACAUCAACGAAAGGCGCAUAUUCGAGUUCAGGACACGCUUCGUUCAGCUUUUGAGUCAAAAGGUUGACCUGGCUGAAGUUCAGAGACUGCUGCACGCGGCCGAUGCUGGAAGAUGGGAUGUCUUCCCCAGGGAUGCUUACAAUGGGUUCUACUGCUGUGUGGCUUGGUGUAGACAUGCUUAUAGCAUCCCAGUAGUCCGCCUCGCCCAACUUGAAAAGUCCAUUGCCCUCCCCAUGGAACUCGUCAUGCCCUGGAACUCCAUGCAGUCACACUUUGGUCUCGAUUCCGAAUCCGGAAACAACAUGUCUAACCUGGUUCUCAACUUCAACCCAGCUGGAGGCUACGCCCUCAAGAUCAAUACCGGCCUCUCGACUCUUAUUCAGUCCUCAGAGGAGGAAUUCGCCCGCAUCUUUCAGGAGGUCGAAGUGCUAGGUGUACCAAUCUACUGCUCCAUUGUCGAAAGUAUCCUGGCAUACGCCCGGGGUGACAAGGAGUCUUGUCUCGAACAUGUCCGUGACAUCAAAGGCCAGCUACGCCCUUUGCUAAGCAGCUAUUACGACCGAGUUCACGACGCCAAGAUUGCGAGAUCAGUGUGGCUGAGCCGCGUUCAAGGGUUUUAUGCCUGGGGCAUGGGACACCAGAAUAUCACCAAUGGAGAGUGGGAGAAGUUUGAUGGGCUGAGUGGAAAUCAGGUCUUGCUGUUCCAAGCCCUGGAUGCGUUUUUGGGAUUGGAGGCGUACCUGCCCAGGCUGAUCCAGGAAAGAAAUGUCCCUCUCUUGCAGAGAAGAUUCUGCAAAGUGGUCAAGAAGCAUGCCUUUAGGGGCCAGUUGGCGGAUGAGGGGCUUGAUGGAAAGAUCAAGAAGGAGUUCGAGGAUAUUGUCAAAAGGCUGAGGGUCUUUCGAUCUGCGCACCGUACCAGAGCCAAGGUGUAUCUCACACAGCCCGCACCCGAGAGAUUGCCCAUGACAGCGGGCAAGUCGCUGCUCAAGGAGGAUAUGGACCAGAGCUUGCUGUUUUUGGAUCAGUUCAUGGUCGGCAGGUUGCAACAGACGGUAUAG